UGUAUGCAGAGACUGGCAAAGCUUGUCCUGUUUUGGGCCAUACCAAUACAUUAACAAUUACCCUAUUCUUCUUUAUUUCUUCUUGUGAUAUUAAUGUGAUGCAUAACAUUUAACUCUACUUCACAUCACUCACAGUCACAAAUAUUGAAACUCUCACUUUGUUUGCGUUUUUUUGAGGAAUAGUAACAAAACUCACCAAACAUUUUCUUUCUAGUUUUCAUUCCAUUUCCAGCUAAAGGAAUUUGCAUUGUAUUUGUAUCUCUCUCCCAACAGAAGAAAUCUAAGUUUUCUAGCUACAAGUUACAACAAGAAAAAGUUGAAAACCCUAAUAAAUCCACAGCAGAAGAAACGUAUACUAUAGGGACCCAAAUCUCAAGAUUCUCAAAGCUAUAGGCAAAUUCAAUUCAUCCAUGGAAUUGGUUUCUGAAUCAACAAACCAAAAUGGAAGUGAAAAUGGUAUCAAGAGUAACAGAUAUGAGUGCCAAAAGAGAAGAGAUUGGAACACAUUCUGCCAAUACUUGAGAAACCAUAGACCACCACUUUCUGCUUCCAUGUGUAAUGGAUCACAUGUUCUUGAGUUUCUUCACUACCUUGAUCAAUUUGGGAAGACCAAAGUUCAUAAUCCAAAUUGUCCUUUCUUUGGAAUGCCAACUCCUCCAGCUCCAUGUCCUUGUCCUCUCCGUCAGGCGUGGGGAAGCCUCGACGCACUUAUCGGUCGCCUUCGCGCGGCUUAUGAUCAAGCGGUUAAUGGUGGGAAUCAUGUUAAUCCAUUUGGUGAUGGUGCUGUUAGGUUUUAUUUGCGCGAUGUUCGUGAUUUUCAGUCGAAGGCUCGAGGAGUUAGCUACCAUAAGAAGAGGAAGAGACCUAAUCGCAACAUCGCCGCACCUCAAUCAUCAUCGUAAAUUUAUCGUAAAUUUAACGUAUGAGGUUUUAAAUUGCGGUUGCGAUCUCAAUUAUUAUGAAAAUCAUCUCUA